UCAUUUCAUGUCUUUUUUCAAUUCCCGAAACGAAAAAAGAAAAACAAAGCAUUUUAAUUUAUUUUUUUCGCCUCUUUCAAACAAACUCUAACAAGAAGUCAAAUCGAACGGAGUGGAGAGAUAGAUUCGCUGAGUUGAAUCGGUUGGAAGAAGAUCUGAGGUCAUAUUAAAUGGGCGCGGCGGGUUCAAAACUCGAGAAAGCUUUGGGCGAUCAGUUCCCCGAAGGCGAACGAUAUUUUGGCCUUGAAAACUUUGGCAAUACUUGUUAUUGUAACAGCGUCUUGCAGGCACUUUACUUUUGUGUCCCAUUUCGAGAACAGCUGCUAGAUUAUUAUUCAAGGAAUAAAAAUGGCGCUGAUGCUGAAGAUAAUCUGCUGACAUGCUUGGCAGAUCUGUUUACACAGAUAAGUUCCCAGAAGAAGAAAACAGGUGUCAUUGCUCCAAAGCGCUUUGUACAGCGAUUGAAGAAACAAAACGAGCUUUUCCGCAGCUAUAUGCACCAGGACGCUCAUGAGUUCUUGAACUUUCUGCUAAAUGAACUCGUAGACAUAUUGGAGAAAGAGGCGCAAAAUGCAAAAGAUGAGGCUGAAACUUCAUCACCACCUGAAAAGAUUGUGAAUGGGCCAAAGAAUACUCAGGCAAAUGGUAUUAAAAAAGAGCCUCUUGUUACAUGGGUACACAAGAAUUUUCAGGGGAUACUUACCAAUGAGACAAGAUGCUUACGAUGUGAAACAGUGACAGCGAGAGAUGAAACUUUCUUCGACUUGAGCCUUGACAUUGAACAGAACAGCUCAAUAACUAGCUGUCUGAAAAAUUUUAGUUCUACCGAGACAUUGAAUGCUGAGGACAAAUUUUUCUGUGACAAGUGCUGCAGUUUGCAAGAAGCACAGAAGAGAAUGAAGAUAAAGAAGCCUCCUCACAUCCUUGUUAUCCAUUUGAAGCGGUUCAAGUACAUUGAGCAGCUCGGCCGGUACAAGAAACUGUCCUACCGUGUUGUAUUUCCACUUGAGCUGAAGCUGAGCAACACCGUGGAAGAUGCAGAUUCGGAGUAUUCUCUAUUUGCUGUAGUUGUUCAUGUGGGAAGUGGACCUAACCACGGGCACUAUGUUAGCCUGGUGAAAAGUCAUAACCAUUGGUUAUUUUUCGAUGACGAGAAUGUGGAGAUGAUUGACGAGUCUGCAGUUCAGACAUUUUUUGGGUCAGCCCAGGAGUAUUCUAGUAAUACUGAUCAUGGGUAUAUCUUAUUUUAUGAACGUCUUGCUUCAAAAAACAAGAGCUGAGGGGUUCAUUUCACCAUGAGUUACAAUGACUAGGGAAGAACUUGCAGAUAUCAGGUGAGGUAAUGUGGGUUGUGAAA